GAUGUUUACCUCGUGGUGACAACAUUAAUAGGUCAUGCCUCUUCUUCUCGCCAGGCAACAACGCGCGAGGCAAAAGGUGCCAUUGCAUUCCUGGGGAAAAAAACACGUUUUACAGACUGCGUGUCUCUAGUUACGUUUUCAUUCCAUGAAAGAUAGAUAGUCAGAGACUGUAUUUGCCCCUUCUUCUCGCCAUCUCCGUGCCACUUAAUCCGCGUAUGCGCACUGAGCGCCUCUAUUGUCUCCCAGCAGCAGCAGAGCAGUAGGGACGAGCGCGGAUAUGAGAGAACAGGGGAGCGGCACACAUUGACCCGAAUCUGCGGCACACGGAGCGCACAGCCAGCACCGCCGCACGCCGUCGGCAGAGGGACAGGCGGAGAGACGGACAGACUGCAGUAGUUGUCAUGGCGUGCCCAGCCGAGCUGCGCUGCGAAGAAGUUAAAUGAUAUUUUAAAGGAAGGGACUGCGGUUUGAGAUCGGCUUUGGGAUCCGGCGCCUCUCUGCGCGCCUCUGUUGUGAUUUAAGCAGGUUGUCCUGUCAUUUGUUGAAGGUUUUGUCUUGUCUUUACAAGGCAACUAGGCUUUUUGUCAUUCGGUUAAAUUCGAAGGCAAUCGUUCAUCUAUUCAUAUUUUUCCUUUGUGAGGUUGAUACGGACUUCAAGCUCGCUCAUGUUCCGGUUAGGGAAAUGCGCUGUUGCGUCUGUUGGGCACAGCUGGUUUAGUCAGACUUGACAGCCCGUUUUUUUAGCUCGUGUCUGUCGCUGCCCGAAGCGGAUCUGGGGCUUGUAGACCUCUACAGACAGGGCACAUCGGAGCCGUUUCCUCUAACGGCUCUUAAUUGACUGCACACCCCCGGUUUAUAGAACCUCGUCCCGUGUCCUCUGGUGUUUUGGAUGGGGGGUAAGCAGAGCACAGCGGGGCGGCCCCGGGGAGCUUUUCCCGGUGUCUCGACGGAUGACAGCGCAGUGCCACCCACGGCCCACUUCGGGCACUACCGACCAAGCGGCGCGAUGGGUUUGCGCAGCCGAUCCGUGAGUUCCGUGGCAGGGAUGGGCAUAGAUCACAGCGCCUCGGUGCCGUUCGGAUUUUACACCGCCCGAGGGACUGGGGACACGGACAGAGCCGGGGGAGAUUCUGGGUCGAAUACGGCUCAUGGAAACGGCUACCAAGAAACGGGCGGGGGGCACCACACGGACAGUAUGCUGUAUCUGGGCUCUCGGGGGUCGCUUGCAGACACCUUGCCCCUGCACAUAGCGCCCCGGUGGUUCAGCGCUCACAGCGGGUUCAGGUGUCCUAUCUGCUCCAAGUCUGUGGCGUCCAAUGAGAUGGAAGUUCACUUCAUCAUGUGUCUGAGCAAGCCCCGCCUCUCCUACAAUGAUGACGUGCUGGCGAGGGACGCGGGCGAGUGUGUGAUCUGUCUGGAGGACCUGCAGCAGGGAGACACCAUCGCCAGACUGCCCUGCCUCUGCAUCUACCACAAAAGCUGUAUAGACUCCUGGUUUGAGAUCAAUCGGUCCUGCCCUGAACACCCCUCUGACUGACCCACAGCCGACUCUACUGCUGUAACAGGGCACUUUAUGGACCUAACUUGGAUAUCUGGACACUGAAAUAACCAAAAAAAAAAC